AGGACCUCACUUAAUCCGAAACACCUGUGAGUUAAUACGCUGUCGUGUAUCUCCCCGUGUCCCUGCGUGAACUCUGCGUGCUGAGAACAGCGAACAAAACCAUGGCGAAGAGCAUGACUUUGCUUUGGGGCUCCGGCUCCGCGCCCUGCUGGAGGGUCAUGAUCGCCCUGGAGGAGAAGAGCCUGCAGGGAUACAACCAGAAGCUGCUCUCCUUCGACAAAAACGAGCACAAGUCCGAGGAGGUGUUGGCUCUGAACCCGCGCGGACAGCUGCCCACUUUCAAACAUGGAGACACCAUCGUGAACGAGUCCUAUGCAGCCUGUUUUUACCUGGAGAGCCAGUUUAAGUCCCAGGGAACCACUCUGAUCCCGGAGAGCUCCGAAGAACAAGCACUGAUGUACCAGCGCAUGUUCGAGGGUCUUGCCUUCUACGAAAAACUCAAUGCUGUCAUCUAUUACGAGUAUUUCGUCCCUGAAGGGGAGAGGCACGAGUCCGCCCUGACGAGGAACAAACAGGCUCUGACGACCGAGCUCAAUCUUUGGGAGGGUUACCUGAGCAAGCUCCUUCCUAACUCCUACCUGGCUGGACCGUCCUUCUCACUGGCUGAUGUGACUGUUUUCCCAACGGUGGCUUUUCUCUUCAGAUUUGGGCUGUCGGCGGAGCGGUACCCUAAACUGGGGGAGUAUUACGCCCUGCUGAAGGAGAGACCCAGCGUCAAGGCCAGCUGGCCGCCGCUGUGGCAUGACAACCCGCAGGGACACGACAAACUCAAGGAGAUCUGAACGUCUUCUGGGUGAAGCGCCGCUUUAGCACUGCUUGAUAGAGAUCCUACAAGUAUAGUAACUGAGUUUCUUGCAACUCGGGUAUUACUAACUGCCAAAACCUUGUGGAAAUUAGGUGACUAACCAGCUUCGGUAAAUUGUUCUUCAGUGUUUGCAGGGUGGCUGGCUUUUGUUUGAUCGGAGGCGAAAUACGAGAUGUUGACUCUGUUGUUUAUCUCACAGUCAUCUGUUUACUCAUUCCCUAACAACCCCGUCUUUACGUUUCAGACGUCAAUAAAUAGUUUUAUUAGGCAAUCACGGCGGAAAGCGAACAUUGUCUGCGGGUAAUAACCAAUCGCUCAUAUCUCUAUUGGUGGAGGAGGUGGGCGGUGGCUGUGAGUGCGUGACCCUGCAAGGUUUAUCAUUUGUGUGUGCGCCAGGGCUGAAUUGCUCUGCACAAAGGUAUCCCGGUGGCCCGGUGUUAGGAAGCGCUUUGCAUAAAGCCUCCUUUGCAUGAUUUUCUUUUUGCAUUUUGCUCUGAAGUAUGUUCACCAAUGUCACUUCAUUAAACAAAAUGUAUGCAUCAGA